AUGCUGCUCACGGCGUUGGUCGUCUGGGGGAUCGGUGUGAUGCCGUUGGGGGGGUGGCGCGCCUCGCCGCUGCUCGCGGCCGCGGUGCCGGCGCUCCUUUGGGGGCUGCGCUUUGUCGAUCGCGGCAAUGGGAGCCGUGCGGGCUCCUUGCCGUCGCUUUGGAAGCCAGCUGAAGGGGAAGAAGGAGGAGCAGGGGAAUGGCUGCUCUCCUUCGAGGUCUGUGCGGCGGCGACGGGGGCGGGGUUCGCCGUGGUGGCGAGUAGCCUGCUGCGCGCCCUCGCCAACGCAGGCGGGGAGGCUCCGCCUCGCGUAAACGCUCCAACGGCUUGUGCUUCUGCAUCCUUUUCUUCUUCGCCACCACGGGAGGAGACGUAUCUCCUGCGUGAACUCGAGCGUGGCGCACGGGCUGCGAAGGCACCCCUCGUCGAAGAGGACGUGCGAUCUCGGGGUAGCUCUCGACGCUGUGGGGAUUCGCCGGCGGGGUUCGUUCUCUCGUGUGUGUUGGUUAUUUCAACUCUCGUGGGGUCGCUUCUUGCGACUGGCAUCGCCGCCAUCGCACUCCGGAGAUCUGUCGUGGAGGGGCAUCGCAAGCUGCAGUUCCUGGUCGCCGGCCUCUGUGGGUUGGCUAUGGUGUUUCGAAUACUCGAAUUAGCAGCUGCCCCUUGA